GCUUAAUUUAUCUAACCAUGUGAGUUUCGUGGCUGUUAUCUUUAUAAGAACCAAAGCGUCUAAGUCAUCUAAUACCACUCAACGUUGCAAUGAGCAAGACCUCGCCAAGGGUAGCUAGUUUAAACCAAGCCUAAUCGUGGAAAAAUGCCAUCCGGUGGGAUGAUAUAACUCUUUUAAUUCCCCGAUAGCAUCUCUAUCAAGACGAUAACCGGUUUAGCUAAUAGCCCACCUUCCAGAACAGGCCCGGUUUUAUCGUAUGCCAGCGUGAAUACGACUACGACUCACAGGGGCGGUUGAUAUCAAACGACCAAGGGAAUAACUGAUUGAUAAAAUAUCUUGACAGAAGAUACAGAUCUAGACUGUAACAUUUGGUUAAUAUGAAGCGUAUAAAUGCUGUCAUUUAUCCGGGCCCUAUAAGCCCUCGGUCCUGUCCGGUCGAUCUCGCGCGCCAUCUUGAACCUUAGGUGUAUCUCGAACACGUCGUUUCCCGUCUGCAAGAUGCUGCUAACCACCUUGUUUAUCUCAUUAUUGGCUUUCGCCAGCCAUGCAUCAGCAGUAUCGUGGUAUUUCCUCCGGUACUACCCGGCUUCCGGAGAGCAAUUCACGUCGUUUUCCGGGGAGAUGACGAUCCCACCUCUGCCACAGGCCGCGACGUAUUAUCUGUGGCCCGGACUCCAGCCCACCGAUAACAGCGGCGUUUACCAGAACGUUCUUGAUGGGCGCAGCGGAACGUGGUGGAUUGGAUCGGGGUGGUGCUGCUCGAACCCCAGCCUGCCGUGGGGGAGCGGGUUCAACACUUAUGCUGGCGAGAAGGUUACCUUCGAGAAUAAGCUGGAUAGCAGUGGGUCAACUUGGACGUCGACUCUCACUCGCGAAUCUACUGGCGAGACAGUGACGGAUAGCUUCGCCUUGGGUAGCAAGUCUUUCAACCAGGCCCUCUUCGCCAUUGAACUAUAUGACGUUAGUUGGGAUUUUGGACCGCUUGCGUUCUCCAAUGUCGUGAUUACAAGCACCGGUACCGAUUCGAGCUGGUGCAACACGAGCCCCGAGAACUAUAACUCAGCUACAACAUAUUCCAUCACAGGGUUAAGCGCAAGUGCGACUGGUGGUACGGUGACCUGCAAUCUCGAUUCAGUGAUCCUCGAGAAGCCAGCUUAGAGAAGUCUGGAAUUGUAAAUAAAUUAUGCAGAUCGUCGAAAAAGGGAUAAUAUAAUGACGGGUAUAAGAA